CUCUGCGCUCCUCCCUGUCAGGGCGGCCCCUGAGCGCGGCGCAGGAGGUGGGGCCCGCGGGCGGGAAGGCUCCGGGCGCCAGCGCACGCGGAGCGGGGACCCAGCAGAGCACACGGCGCACCGAAGGAGCCCAAGGGGAGCGGAGCGCGCGUUCUGGGAGCCGAGGAAGCGGUCCCAGGCCGAGAGAGUCCCGGGCCGAAUUGAGGCCAGGCGUCUGGGGUCGCAGCCCUGCGUGCUCGCAACUGCUGUCGCCCAGGAGCAGCAGCUGUGCCCGGGGUCCCGGCGGCGGCGGCGGGGAAAGGAGGAGAGCGCAGCUGGACUGUGGCAGUUGGAGGAGGAGCUGCGCAGCUGUCCCCUGGGCUGGCAGCCGGGCCGCACUCCCCUGACUGAGCCGCGCCGGGAUGACCCGUUGACCGCUGCCAUGCAGCCUUGACGGGGCGCUCUGGCGCGCAGGGGACGAGCCGCGGCGCAGGCAGCACUUUACCGCUGACUCCCUUAGCCCAGCGGGUAGCGAAGCCCUUUACCAUGGAACCCGUGACCAAGUGGAGCCCCAAACAGGUGGUGGACUGGACUAGAGGGUUAGAUGACUGCCUGCAGCCGUAUGUCCACAAGUUUGAGCGGGAGAAGAUAGAUGGGGAGCAGCUGCUGCGGAUUUCCCAUCAGGAUCUUGAAGAGCUGGGGGUCACACGAAUCGGGCACCAGGAGCUGGUAUUGGAGGCGGUGGACCUUCUCUGUGCACUGAAUUAUGGCCUUGAGACGGAUAAUAUGAAGAACUUGGUUCUGAAACUGCGGGCAUCUUCCCACAAUUUACAGAAUUACAUAAGCAGCCGGCGGAAAAGUCCAGCUUAUGACGGGAGCACGUCGCAUAAGCCCCCCAACGAGUUCCUGACGUCAGUGGUGGAGCUCAUAGGGGCUGCCAAGGCCCUGCUAGCCUGGCUGGACCGGGCUCCGUUUACAGGGAUCACCGAUUUCUCAGUCACAAAGAACAAAAUCAUUCAGCUUUGCUUGGACCUGACCACCACCGUGCAGAAGGAUUGCCUUGUGGCAGAAAUGGAGGAUAGAGUUUUAACUGUAGUCAAGGUUUUAAAUGGCAUCUGUGACAAAACAAUCCGCUCUACCACCGAUCCUGUUAUGAGCCAGUGUGCAUGCCUGGAAGAAGUUCACUUACCAAACAUCAAACCCGGGGAAGGCCUGGGCAUGUACAUCAAGUCAACCUAUGAUGGAUUGCACGUGAUUACUGGAACUACAGAAAAUUCUCCUGCAGACAGAUCUCAGAAGAUUCACGCUGGUGAUGAAGUCAUUCAGGUUAACCGGCAAACUGUGGUGGGAUGGCAGCUAAAAAAUCUGGUGAAGAAAUUGAGAGAGAAUCCCACUGGAGUGGUGUUACUGCUCAAGAAGAGGCCCACGGGUUGUUUUAACUUCACGCCUGCCCCCUUGAAGAACCUGCGCUGGAAGCCACCUCUCGUGCAGACCUCGCCCCCACCCACGACAACCCAGUCCCCUGAAGGCACCAUGGACGCCUCUCUGAAGAAGGAGAAGCCAGCCAUCCUGGACCUUUACAUUCCUCCUCCGCCUGCUGUUCCCUACUCUCCUCGGGAUGCCUAUGGCGGAUUCAGCAAGUGUAAACAGCCAUUGCCUGGCCCCAAGGGUUCGGAGUCCCCGAAUUCCUUCUUGGACCAGGAGAGCCGGAGACGAAGGUUCACCAUUGCUGACUCUGAUCAGUUGCCGGGGUACUCGGUGGAAACCAGCGCACCGCCCACGAAAAUGAGAGAGAAGACACCAUCUUACGGCAAGCCCCGGCCUUUGUCCAUGCCUGCGGACGGGAACUGGAUGGGCAUUGUGGACCCUUUUGCCAGACCUCGAGGUCAUGGGAAGAAAGGGGAAGAGGCCCUCUGCAGGUAUUUUAGCAACGAGCGGAUCCCCCCCAUCAUCGAGGAGAGCACCCACUCCCAGUACCGCUUCUGCAGACCCGCGGCCGAGAGGCACCUGGUGCGGGGUGCAGACUACAUCCGCGGGAGCAGGUGCUACAUCAACGCGGAUCUCCACAGCAGCGCCACCAUCCCGUUCCCGGAGGAAGGGACCAAGAAGAAGUCCGCCUCCUCCGGGAAGUCGGCAGAGCCGUCCCUGCUGGUCAGCUGGCUCACCCGCCUCAAGCUAUUGACUCCCUGAGGCCGCCCUGGAGGGACCCCCGCCUGUCCCCUGCUACCAAGUGCCUCCCUCCCCCGCGGACAGACCCUGGGGACCUCACCCACAGGGUUACGGAGUGACCUGGUGUGAUUUCACUUGUUCCUUUUGGAGAGUUGGAUGCUGCCUUUCUCGGAAUUUUGAAGCGACGGGACGGCCGCAGACCCAGGGGACCGCAGGUGCUGCUCGUGGGGACGGAAGGAGGGACGUGGAGAGCCUGCUCUGCCUCCUGUCCCCGGCACUGGAACCCGCAGAGGCACCGUGAAUCGCCUGGGGGCCAGAGGCUGGGUCCUCGUCAGGACCUGGCAGCGUUGGUUCUUGGUUUCCUGGGCUGGGCUGGGGGGACUCGCUGGUGGCUGUUGCCACUCCGACGUGUCGGUUUGUGGUCCAUCUUCUUCAUCUGAAAAAAGCCAGUGGAGAACACAUUUUUGUUUUGAUUUUUUUUUUUUUUAACGCUCUAUACCGUAUUUUAAGUGCAGCGACUUUGACUUUGACAUUGGCAGGCACCCGGGAUGCUCUUGAGCAGAGUUUACAUGUGGACCUGGGACCCUCCGUCAAGCCCCUGUGUCACAGUGGUCUCCGUCUAGGUCAGUGAACACACGAGCACAUGCGGAUAGGGCUCAUUACACACCGAGAAGGGCGCGGUUAUUUGUGAGAGGUUGUGGUGGAUGUUGUCAUGUAUUGUCUUUAGGGGAAAAGAAGCUGUAAGAUUUGCUGAAAGCCAAAGUAUCAUUCAGGAAGGUCAAGCAAGAUUUAGGUUUAUGAGAGACACAUCAGUGUGCAUUUUGACUUAUUACAAUGUCUACCUUUGGUUUUUGAUUUCAAGUGAAUUAUGAAAAAUUCUAUGUUGGUUAAAAAAAAAAAACCCUACAGUUCUUCAAAACUGUAUACAUUUUGCUAAUUAGAAAUAUCUUGGAAAGCCUCAUGGUCACUAAUUUUCAACUAGCAUCAGGUAUUUUGAAAAAGCGUCUGGAUAUUAACUCUUGUUUAAACUGAAUGUAUGAUAUUUUGUUAGAAUGGAAAAGUACUAUCUUGUUAAUUUAAGUGUUUUAAAUAUAGUUGUAUAUUUUUCUUACUCUUA